AUGUAUGGUCUUCCUUCAAUAGAACCACCCUCGUUUGUACAGAAAAUAGAGAACAUCAGUUCUUUAGUUGGCUCAGAGAUUUCUAUGCAGUGCACUUUAAAGGGAUCACUGCCCAUGACUGUAUCGUGGAUAAAGGAGGACCAUGAAGUUAAAGAAGGCGAACAUAUACAGAUAUCUUAUGAGACCAGAACGGCAGUGUUAACUUUAAGAAACACUCAGAUGAAACAUGGUGGAAAAUAUAUUUGUCAGGCACAGAAUGAGGCUGGAAGUCAGAAAUGUCUUGCCACGCUUACAGUCAAAGAACCUGCAAAUAUUACUGAGCAAGCCAAGUCUAUCAGUGUAACAACAGGAGAUCCAGCUACUCUUGAAUGCAGGUUUUCAGGAUCUAAAGUCCUCAAAGCCAUGUGGCUGAAGGAUGGAAGAGAGCUGACAUCAGGUCAAAGAUACAAAGUACAGAGCAGAGAUAAGAGCUCUGUACUGAAGAUACUCUCUACAGUGAAAAGUGAUAGUGGUGAAUACACCUUUGAGGUUUCAAAUGAUGUUGGAAGCAGCACUUGUGAGGCUUCAAUCACUGUUCUAGGUUUGUUGAUCAGUGGAUAA